AUGCUCAUAGAUCGAGUUACUAUCAGACUAUCGUCAAUAUUAACGAAUACAUCAACUCCAACUACUUCUCUUCUAGUCAAUUUAGGCAGUUGCAGUUGCGAGUUUUCUUUCGCCCUCCGCACACAUUUAGUAUGUUUCGAGGAAGAAAUCUUCAACCUAUUUUACCACACAGCACAGUGGAGUUUCGAAAAAAUAGAAUUGUUCGACUGCCUCCAAUCUUACAGUUCAGGAGAGCGAGAGAAAUUCCUACACAAGUUCAUCCCCCGCGAAAAACAGACGGAAUUCGUCAAUAUUUCAAUCCACGACGAGAAUGUCCAAAUCUCAAUCAAAAAGAAACGAGAGAAAUUCCUUCGCGCACAUAUCAAAGUCGAGGAGAACAGAGUUCCAACUCAAAUAUGUCCACAGCGAGCAACGCAUGAAAAUCCCAAAGACCAAAAUCAGCGGAGAGUUAGGGAAUGUCCGCACCCGGCAAACCGAGAAUUUGUAGAUGAUGUUAGAUCGUCCGACAAAACAAAAGGUCGGUUAGUAAACGACGGCCGAACUGAUAGACAAUCUAUCAUGCGAGACAAUUCUACCAACCAAGUUAGCAGAAAACUAGCAAAUGGAAUUCCUAGUGAUAUGCACAGUGAUUGUCAUUCUCGUGCCAGUGGCAACAAGAUAUUCAAAAGAGAAAGCCAAAGUGCAGAACGGACACAAACUGACAUGUUAUCAGGACCUCGGGGAACGGAAAAAAUACGGAAUGCACCGGGUAAGAGGAAUAUAAGCCAACACACAGGAACUACGUACAGAGAGAAAGGGAAACAACACGAGACAAUUUUCAAACACCAAACAAAUGAUGACCAGUAACGCUAACAUAGAUGAAACACCAGGUGAAAUAGAGAAGGUACCAGGUGAAAUAGGGAAGGUACCAGA